AUGGCAGACGCUGAAGAUCCCUCACGUGCCGUUGGUGGUGAUGCCGGGGAGGGCCCGGGGGAUGACGGGUCCCUCCAGAACGACUCCUUCCCACUCUCCUCGCUGGCCAACCUGUUCGAGAGCGAGGAUACACUGUCCCCUGCUGAGGCGGCCCGGGGCCCCCCUGGUGCUGGGGAUGGAAAGCAAAACCUCCGCAUGAAAUUCCACGGGGCCUUCCGGAAAGGCGCCCCGAAGCCCAUGGAGCUGCUGGAGGCCACCAUCUACGAGUCGGCCGUGGUCCCUGCGCCCAAGAAAGCCCCCAUGGACUCUCUCUUCGACUACGGCACCUACCGCCACCACCCCAGCGAGAACAAACGCUGGCGCAGGAGGGUUGUGGAGAAGCAGGCACCAGGCGCAAAGGGGCCAGCUCCCAACCCGCCCCCUGUCCUCAAGGUCUUCAACAGACCCAUCCUCUUCGACAUCGUCUCCCGGGGGUCCCCAGCUGGCCUGGAUGGGCUCCUCUCCUUCCUCCUCACCCACAAGAAGCGCCUCACAGAUGAGGAGUUUCGAGAGCCCUCCACGGGGAAGACCUGCCUGCCCAAGGCCCUGCUCAACCUGAGUGGGGGCAGGAACGACACCAUCCCCCUUCUCCUCGACAUCGCCGAGAAGACCGGCAACAUGCGGGAGUUCAUCAACUCGCCCUUCAGGGAUGUCUACUACCGAGGUCAGACAGCCCUGCACAUUGCCAUUGAGCGCCGCUGCAAGCACUAUGUGGAGCUGCUGGUGGAGAAGGGAGCGGACGUGCACGCUCAGGCCCGCGGCCGCUUCUUCCAGCCCAAGGACGAGGGUGGCUACUUCUACUUCGGUGAGAAGGGAGGGAACCGGCAGGUCGCCCAGAGGGAGCCCCACAUCGGGCCCUACCUGACGGAGAACGGGCACAAGCAGGCGGACCUGCGGCGCCAGGACUCCCGCGGCAACACCGUGCUGCACGCCCUGGUUGCCAUCGCCGACAACACCCGCGAGAACACCAAGUUUGUCACCAAGAUGUAUGACCUGCUCCUCAUCAAGUGCGCCAAGCUCUUCCCUGACACCAACCUGGAGGCGCUGCUCAACAACGAUGGCCUCUCUCCCCUCAUGAUGGCUGCCAAGACCGGCAAGAUCGGGAACCGCCAUGAGAUGUUGGCCGUGGAGCCCAUCAACGAGCUGCUGCGUGACAAGUGGCGCAAGUUUGGGGCCGUCUCCUUCUACAUCAGCGUGGUCUCCUACCUCUGUGCCAUGGUCAUCUUCACCCUCGUCGCCUACUACCGCCCCAUGGAAGGCCCCCCCCCCUACCCGUACAUCACCACCGCUGACUACCUGCGCCUGGCUGGGGAGAUCAUCACCCUUCUCACUGGCAUCCUCUUCUUCUUCACAAAUAUCAAAGAUCUGUUCAUGAAGAAGUGCCCAGGCGUGAACUCCUUCUUCAUAGACGGCUCCUUCCAGCUGCUCUACUUCAUCUACUCGGUGCUGGUGAUCGUCACGGCGGGGCUGUACCUGGGCGGCAUCGAGGCGUACCUGGCCGUCAUGGUCUUCGCGCUGGUCCUGGGCUGGAUGAACGCACUGUACUUCACCCGGGGGCUCAAGCUGACAGGGACCUACAGCAUCAUGAUCCAGAAGAUCCUCUUCAAAGACCUUUUCCGCUUCCUCCUGGUCUACUUGCUCUUCAUGAUCGGCUACGCAUCAGCUCUGGUGUCCCUCCUCAACCCGUGUCCCAGCAGCGAGUCCUGCAGUGAGGAGCAGUCCAACUGCACGGUGCCCACCUACCCUUCCUGCCGGGACAGCCAGACCUUCAGCACCUUCCUGCUCGACCUCUUCAAGCUCACCAUCGGCAUGGGCGACCUGGAGAUGCUCGAGAGCGCCAAGUACCCAGUCGUCUUCAUCAUCCUCCUUGUCACCUACAUCAUCCUCACCUUUGUGCUCCUCCUCAACAUGCUCAUCGCUCUCAUGGGUGAGACUGUGGGCCAAGUCUCCAAGGAGAGCAAGCACAUCUGGAAGCUGCAGUGGGCCACCACCAUCCUGGACAUCGAGCGCUCCUUCCCUGUAUCCCUGCGGAGAGCCUUCCGCUCAGGGGAGAUGGUCACCGUGGGGAAGGGCACUGAUGGGACGCCUGACCGCCGCUGGUGCUUCAGGGUGGACGAGGUGAACUGGUCCCACUGGAACCAGAAUCUGGGCAUCAUCAGCGAGGACCCGGGCAAGAGCGACACAUACCAGUACUAUGGCUUCUCCCCCACCGCCAGCCUGGACAUUGUGUAG